CCACUUGACUACGAUAACGGCAGCAGACCAAACAACAGAUGAAGAAAUGACACAAGCGGCGGUGUGCCACCCCAGUUGAUGGAAGACAUCAUUCUGAGAGUUGGGAUACCAGACACAGGUGAGGUACGUAGAACUUCAAGAACCCUGAUAUGAACUGGAACGUACGGGCCAUUCAACACCUGCUGGCAUCGCUUCUCUUUAAGGCAGCCUUUUCAUUUGAGUUCCAGGAUACUGUCCUUAACGGCCUCGUUAUAGCCAUCCAGGGACAGCAGGUCGUCCUGCCCUGCAGCUUCCCAGUGAGCGGCAGCCUGGGCAGCUUGGUGGUCACCUGGCAGAGGGGGCAGGAGGUGGUCCACAGCUUCUAUCACGGGAGAGGCCAGCUGGACCGCCAGAGCCGUCGCUAUGCCAACAGAACCAGCCUGAUGCACUCCGACGUGGAGCGGGGGGAUUCCUCUCUGCGUCUGGAGCGCAGCAACAUGGAGGAUGAGGGAGACUACACCUGCUCUGUCAGCACGCUACUGGGGAGCCAGAGGAAAACCUUAUCUUUGAAAGUAGCAGCACUGUACGCAGAACCACAUUCAAACUUGAAAGUAUCUCCCAGCGGCUUGGAGCUGCUGUUGACUUCACACGGAGGACGCCCUGCCCCCUGCGUUCAGUGGCUGGAUGACAGAGGAGAGGACAUCACCAACCACACAAGCACACUCGUCAGGCAGGACACAGAGGGACUGUUUACAGUGUCCAGCAACCUGACUCUGCAGACAGCCGGCUCCAGGAGCCUCACCUUCAUCUUGCAGAACAGGAUCCUGGGCCAGGUGAUCAGGAGAGACUUCACACUAGACACAGGUAUUGGUGCCAAGUCAUCACGGAACCAUGACAGAGACAGAUGGGGGGUUGCGUUAUACCUUGUGAUAUUCCUUGUGAUAAUCAUCUUCUUACAAGCAACAGCAUUAAUAUUACAGAGAAGAAACUUAGACCAAAGAAAACCAACAGCAUUGAGAACAGAACACCAAAGGAAACCCUAAUGUUCUAUAGUGCUGUUACAUGGAAUGCACUGAAAAUUUGACUGUAACCUGUAAACUGAAUUUAAAAUCAAUUUUAAAUGGUCACUGACACUGACAUUCUGUCACUUUACCACAUACAGCCCUACUGCACUCUCUCUUAGUUUUAUGUUAUAUGUUAUUUUAUAUUGUAUAGUUCUGUCAGUAUUUUGUUGUAAAUCUUAAUAUAUGUUGUUAAAUGUAAACAACAUUUAUGUUGUUGUAAAUGUAAAUGUUUACUGUUUGUUGUUUACAGUAUUUUCUACAUUUUUACAUUUGUAUAUUAAAGGAUAAGUACACUUUAAGAUUUGAAGAUUCAAUUAUGUCAUUAUAUGUUUACCAUAUGCACCUGCCCACCACAGUAAAUUCCUUGUUUGGACCCUG